UCUUUAACAUCUAUUGUUCUGAUUAAGCGUCAAACUAAGCAUUCCAAGCAGCAUACGUUGGCCUCACAACUCAACCCAAAAUCCAUUGUAACAGAAAUAAUUUGCUCUGAAAAUGCACUCAAUAGUGAUUUUUAUUCUACUCCUUUUCUUCGGAAUCACACUCGGAGCACCUUUUCCCAAUGAUUUAUGUGGGGAAAUGGCAGAGCCAAAUAAUUCUGUUACUAUGAAAACCGAAGAAUUCCUGUUGGAGAACGAAAAUAUUACCUUUGGUCUUCACAAUAUUCCGCACUUCACAAAACAUCUCAUUGCAAAUGUGGACAGGGAGAUCCCGGAAAAGAGAAACUCGAACAUUUACAGCAAGAAUUCUCAGAACUCCAAGAACAGUUCAGAAAUGGAUUAUGUCCGGACAAUGAGGUUUCUUAUCGAGACCAUUGCCGGAUGGAUUGGACUCCUUUCAUAGGCGUAUAUAUGUUCUUUUUUGAUAUAUUUUCCAGCUGUGAAGAAUUGCAACGCGUUCAUAAAUAAGAAAAUGAAAGGAGAAGACGAUGAGGUUUUGAUGAUUUCAAAUGAGAGGAACUUUGAUGAGAUUUUUUGGUCAAGAGCAUUUAUUUCGAAUUCAGUUUUCAACGAGGCCAAAGGA